AUGAGGACUGAUAAUAAGGGCGUGGUGCUGAUGCAGCGCUCCCCGUGGAUGAAUAGGCCACGCUCUCCCGCUGCUGCUCAUGGUGGCAGACCUUCUGCUGGUACUUCCGCUGUUUCUCCUGGUGGUGUUGUGACUCCUCGUGGGCGAUCCGUCCCGCUGAAGGUGCGGGCACGGUCUGAGACACGCGGCUUUUCCAGUCCCAACAACGCCCACGCCGAUGCUGGCGGGGAUGAUGGGGUGUACCAGCGUUUCUGGUCCCAAAUUGUGCUCCGCUCCACCAGCGGAUUCAUGUUCGCAGUGGUCAUCGCGGUGAUGUACUCUUUGUAUAUUCUGUGUCUCCCGUAUGGGGACAGCAUCAGCUUUGGCAUUCUCUUGUCCGUCGUCCUACAUCCACAGAGCCGUGAACAGUGCUCCGACUCCAACGCCGCCAGGCGGGAGUGUGUCGAGCGGAUGCGUGGCACGCAGCAAGCCUGGGCGUCGCGGACUGCGCUCUCGGGCGUCAUCGGGCCGUUGGCGUCACUGCGCCACUUCGUGUCGUAUGCGCUGAUGCAAGGCGUCAUGUUUCUUGGCCUCAACAAACUGUUAUUGGCUGUACAGUGGCGGUCGGGCCGUGGUGGUGGCGGGAAAGUCAAACAAAACGGAAGCAAAGACAAGAAAUUCCUAAUAGCCUCAUCCAACGGUCGCCUGACACUCCGUCUUCUCACCGUGUGCAUCUUCUCCGUCGUUGCCCACACAAUGAUCGGCAUUUCAUUUUUUCUCGGAAUGCACGCUGUGCUCUUUGCACUGUUUGCUUUAACAGUCACCCUCAUGUCAGAGGAGCGUUUUAUGGGAACAAUGUGGCGCGUGUGGCGAUUCGCGCUUGUGCUUUUCUUUGUCAUUGGACUUUCCUAUAAUCUUGCACUGGAUGUGCUUUCCAUCAGCGAUGCGGUGAAGCGCACGACGACGGCGGUGGUGAACGCACAGCAUGAGUGGACAAGAGCGACAAAUUCAGUGGAGGCAGCCAAUGUCUCGAGUGAUGUAAUGUUCCGCGUGGAAGAGCAUGGCACCUCUGCCUCCAUGAAUUCCACCUCUUCAGCAUUUGAGUUCCAGGAGCUGGUUCUUUCAAAGCUUCAGCAAACGGUGCUAAAGGAGCUGGCAGACAUAUUGAACCACACGAACGCAACAGAGCUCGCAGUUACUGUUCGUCGCAUUCUUACCCCAAUUCUUUCGACAUCCCCAUCACAGUUCAGCGUUGUAUUUUUGAAGAAAAAAACAGACGAAUUAUCAGCAUCCUUCUUCACCAGGGGGAACCCGCUGAAAACAGUGGAUUGGGUCAGUGUGAUGCAGAGAAUGAUGAAGCGUUGGAGGCCAUUCUUUGUCUUUUCGACACAGUUACUGUUCAUGUUGGGAUCAAAUAUGAUUGGACUCUUUGACUCCGUCUACGCUGUGAUGCUGUUUGUCUUUGUGCUGCGGUACUUCUUGCACCUCGACCACACCAUUCUGUACUACGUGAUUGCUAAGAUGCUCAAGGCAAUUCACCCACGCGGUGGAGAGUGGCAUGCACGAAAGAUUGAGCGUGAGAUCACCGUAUCAUUCCUCACGUUGCUGCAGUCGUUCUGGCACCUCACCUGGUUUCAUUUCUGCAUUACAUUCUGUCUCUUCAACAAGUGGUCCUUUAUUACCCCUUUUCUCUGCGGUCUGGUGUCUUCUCUCACGGCGGUGUUCCCUCUCAUACCCAAGUGGCUCUCCCCCGUCGCCUUCGCGUUGCUCUACGUUCUCGUUGACGCGGCGAGGUAUCAGGGCCUGUUGGGCGCUGCCGUGGACCCGCGUGUGUGGAGCUGCCUCGCCGCGUUCGUGGCGUCGUACAUGGACGAGUGGCUGCUUUGCGUAUCUCGAGGGCUUCGCGGAAACUCUGUGCGGGACUCCUCUGGUGUGGAGCGGGAGGAACUGCCGACGUUUGUCAUUGGCACAGCCUUGGUGCUUGGCUACGUGAGCUACGGUGUGCGCGGGAUUCUGCUGGGCCCGUUAACCGUAAUUGUUGCAAAGGUGCUCUUUGACAACUGGGACACGGUGUCCGAUCGUGACAUGGCCGCGUCGAUGACGUCGGUGGAGCAGGAGGAGAAGUUGAGAAGGCAUGGUGAGACCAUGUAG